AGCGGGCUCGCGCGGUCUCCGGCCUGUUUGGGAACCGCUUCCAGUCGGUGCUGUUGGCCUCCCCCAGGUUCGCCCGCGUCUCCCCGCUAGUCCCCGCUCGGCCGCGCGAUGCCGGUGGACCUCAGCCAGUGGUCCGGGCCCUUGAGCCUGCAGGAGGUGGACGAGAGCCCGAAGCACCCGCUGCAGGUCAAAUACUCCGGGGCGGAGGUCGACGAGCUGGGCAAAGUGCUCACGCCCACCCAGGUGAAGAACCGGCCCACUGGUAUUUCAUGGGAUGGCCUUGAUUCAAGUAAACUCUACACCCUGGUCCUUACAGACCCAGAUGCUCCAAGCAGAAAGGACCCCAAAUUUAGGGAAUGGCACCAUUUCCUGGUGGUCAACAUGAAGGGCAACGACAUCAGCAGUGGCACCGUCCUCUCUGAUUAUGUGGGCUCUGGGCCUCCCAAGGGCACAGGCCUUCACCGCUACGUCUGGCUGGUUUACGAGCAGGCCAAGCCGCUGAAGUGUGACGAGCCCGUUCUCAGCAACCGAUCUGGAGACAACCGUGGCAAGUUCAAGGUGGCAUCUUUCCGCAAAAAGUACGACCUCGGGCCCCCAGUGGCCGGCACGUGUUACCAGGCGGAAUGGGAUGACUAUGUGCCCAAGCUCUAUGAGCAGCUGGCUGGGAAGUAGGGGAAGCCAGGAGACAGACAAGGCCCCGGGGCCCAGGCAGUGUUCUCAAGUUCAGUGAUGCAUGUUGAUUUCUCCUCUUGCCUGUUCCCACUCUCACAGGCGAGACCUGAGCAGAUAGAGCUGUAGGGUGUCUUUUCCUUCUGCCUGUCCUUUAUCAUUGUACAGGGCCACACACCCUGGAUUUAUGUUUUGAUCAAAUUUGAACUCCAUUUUGGGGGCUAUUUGGGUACUAUGAUGUGGUCAUCAGAUUGUUAAUAUAAGAACAACAACCCAGAAUUUAAAGGCGUAUCCUCUGAAGAGCAGCACUGGAAAAGCAAUCGGGAGAGUCCCUUUCCUGUUGAGCUGUAGGGCUGGGUGAGGGGUUAUCUGAAGUCCGUUAGUCUGUGCCUGUUAAAUUUAUCACUCUUCCUUGGUGUAAUAAAAGCCAGUAUGGAGUUGCUAAAUGUUGUGUUAGUUCUGCUGUUUGCUUACAGUUGAAUAAAAAUAAAAACAUUGUGUGGACAAA